AUGCCCCUCCCUCCAUCUCCCCUGAAACUCUCACACCGCUACCCAUCAGCCCCAGACGACUCACCUAUCUCCCCUGGAACAUCUGGGAAUUCGUUUUCACUUGAAAGCCCUCGGUCGCCGCGGAUACCCCGAUUAUCUGCACCACCGUCUCCCAUCGCGUCCCGCCGUAACUCUAACGCCAUGAGUGGGUCCCGCAGAGAAUCCGGAGACUUCUCUGGCACCGUUGAUACGGGCGGUGGAGGACUGGGAAACCUAGCCGAUGAGCUAGCAGAUGCAUGGGGAGAAGAGGAAGAUGGAUAUGGAUAUGCGUCAGGCCAGGACAUUAGUCGUGCGGGAUCACAGCAAAUGGGUCACAGUGAUGGAGAAGAGAUAUAUAUGCAAUCAGCGCACAGCGUGCGCUCCCGGUCACCUUCCCUCUCACCAGCAAGAGAUUCGCACAAUCUGUCAAGGAAUAAACACCGUGCAACCCAUUUGCGGCAGCACCGCCGGCAGGAGUCACAAUAUGAUGGCUCUGAUUAUGGGCCUGAUUCCGAUCUGGAAGAGGCGGAUAUCUCUCCCGCCUUGGAAAACCAAUUGGCUGAGAUUGAGAGUCUCGCUCGACGGGGUAUAGAGAAUAAUGGAAGCGAAAGUGACCGUGUCAUUCAGCGAACGGUCGAACUUAUCACCGCUCAUUCCUCAAUCACAUCACAUCUCACCCACCAAACCCGCGCCCUCCAAUCCCUCGUCCACCCACUCCUCUUCUCUCCAUUCCCUCUCCUUUCCGACGAUGCCAUCGACUCUCUCAUGCCCCUCAUCGACGAAGGAUUGUUGCCAAAUCUCCCUUACCCCUUCUCAGAACAACAAGACUCUCGAUCAACAACCCCUCAGUCAUCCGCACAAGACCCCCUGGCCUCUCUCCAAGCCCUCAUUUCGCAAACCGCAGAGAUCACACACACACUUCGCGGCUUAAGCGACACCCUCUAUGAGUCGAGACAAUUGACUUCAACAGCGUCCCGUCGGUUACGCUCUGCGCGAGAACUCGUCGCUGAUAUUCGGCGAGAAGAAGAUAGUCGCGAAGAGGGAUCGCGAUGGAUCGAGCGCGGUGAGUGGGACCGUCGGCUCAAAGACCGAGAGGCUGGGAAGGUCUGCGGCGAUGUAGUCAGUGGAUUUGAAGCUGUCUGCGGGGAAUGGAGGGAGAAGCUGUUUGGAGCUAAUCCUGAAGUCGCCGCUGCAUAA